GGGCAGAGAACCGAAGAGUUAGAGCAAGAGAGGAAAAAAGAAGAAGAAGAAGCGCUGAAAGAAGCCUGGCAUAGUUUUGUAAGAAAAUGUGGAAAAAGAUGUAAGGGAGCUUGGGGGCGCUCUCCCCGGGAUGGAAGAAGGGAUUACUGGCCCUGCUGAAACACACUGUGGAUGUCUGAGGAACGCAGCGGGAGAUAACGCGGGGAUGACUGGAUUCUUACAGCCUUUUUCUCGAAAUGGGAACUAACUGUGCCCAGUUUCGUUGCAGUGCAAAGAUCUCCGUGGGUGUGUGUGGGAUGUUGUGUCAGGGCUGAAACCCAUCCCUCUCCCAUGAGCCUGUGUGCCCACACGCACACACACGGCGCCUCGACGCACGCACCCGGCGCCCACGCACCCACAGCCGGCACCGACUCUGUGAACUGGACCCUCGGAGUCCAGCCGAGCCAAGCGGAGCCCAGUCUAGCCCACUUGGAGCCUGAGGAUGUCAACAGAGACAGAGCUGCAGCCAGCGGUCAGGCCCAGCAGCGUUAGACGGGACUCCAGGAGGAAAGGGCAGGAUCGCAGCGAGGCAGCUCUCAUCAGGCGUUUUAAGGGCGAUGGCGUCCGCUACAAGGCCAAACUCAUCGGCCUGGACGAGGUCACCGCCGCCCGCGGAGACAAGCUCUGCCAGGACUCAAUGAUGAAGCUCAAGGGUAUAGCUGCUGCAGCACGGUCUAAAGGAGAACACAAGCAGAAGGUGUUUCUAACCGUUUCCUUUGGAGGGAUCAAGAUCUUUGAUGAGAAGACGGGGAUCCUCCAACACCACCAUGCAGUCCAUGAAAUCUCCUACAUCGCCAAGGACAUCACAGACCACAGAGCCUUCGGUUAUGUCUGCGGAAAGGAGGGAAAUCACAGAUUUGUGGCCAUCAAAACUGCACAGUCGGCCGAGCCUGUGAUCCUGGACCUGCGGGACUUGUUCCAGCUCAUUUAUGACAUAAAGCAGAGAGAGGAGAUGGAGAAGAAGGCCCAGAAAGACAAGCAGUGUGAGCAGGCCGUCUACCAGACGAUACUGGAGGAGGACCUGGAAGACCCGGUCUACCAGUACAUUGUGUUUGAGGCCGGACACGAACCCAUCCGUGACCAAUCAGAAGAAAGCAUUUAUCAGGUGCCCACCAGUCAGCAGAAGGAAGGGGUCUAUGACGUCCCAAAGCGACACCCAAACGGACAUAAAAACAAAUCCCACCAUCAUCAUCAUCAUCAUCAUGAUCAUCAACAUAAGCGUGAGAAACCUGUCGAACAUCAACAGCAGCCGAAGCAGCAGGAAGUUGCAGAUCUGAUAGACUUAAACCUGGACAUGGUGACUCAGAACAUCAGCCAGUUAGAGAUUUUCGGGGACAUGUCCACGCCGCCUGACAUAACCUCCCCGUCCACCCCGGCGUCCCCCGCCAACACCCUCGACCCCUCGCAGGGCCUGCAGCCGCCUACGGAACUGUUCGCUCCCUUCAAUCCUGCGUCCGUGCCCUCAGGUUAUGUGACGAUGGGAGCAGUACCUCCUGGCCAUUGGUCCCAGCAGGCGUUUGCUGCCCAGACGCCGCUCGCCUUCGGGGUCCAGUCUCCUCUGGGCCCCGUAGCCCAGGUGAUACCGGGCGGACAGCCUCUGAUCUGGGGCCAGGCCAACAUCUUCCCCGCAACCCAGCAGCAGUGGGCCGCCAUGGCGGCCGGAGCCUUCUCCCCGACAGCCUACCUCCCGGCCCAACCCGUGGGCACUCUGCCCGCUGCGAUGUUCCAGACGCUCGCCCCGGUCACCACCGUGACUCCGGCCAGCGAGAGCCAGUCGGGCGCCGGGGCCAGCGCCUCCGCUCCGUCCCCGUCGGCUUCGUCGAGUCCGCAGCACGGAGAGGGGCCGAAGAAGAUGGGCAAGGAGAUGUUCAAGGAUUUCCAGCUGGCGAAGCCUCCAGCCAUGCCGUCCAAGAAGGGCGAACAGCCCAGUCUAGCGGGAACCUCAGAGGCGUUCAGCUCUUACUUCAGCCGCGUGGGCACCGCCCAGGACACGGACGACUGUGACGACUUCGACAUUUCCCAAAUGAACCUGACGCCGGUCACUUCCACGACGCCGUCCACCAACUCCCCUCCUACACCGGCCCCCAGGAAGAGCUCCCCAUCCAAGUCCUCGGCUUCUCACGUCAGCGACCCGCCCACGGACGCCACAGACCCGCCCACGGAUGACUCGUUUGGGGAGGCGGAGGGCAGCCCCAGUCGUAGCGGGGAGGAGGACGCUGCGUGUGGUUCUGGGUCACCCUGCCCCAGUGAGACAGCAGAGCCCAGCCCAGAACAGGCCAGUCCAGAGGCUGGGAGCUAGAUGACAGCAGGGCAGGAAGGGGAAGGAUCCUCUCUACGCCCAGAUCAACAAGGGGAAGAAAUAAAGAGAUACCCAGGAAGACAGACCUGACCAGCACUGAGUGAACAGGAGGAGAACCCUUUACCUCUGAGCGUGCGUGCGUGUAUGUGUGUGUUUGCGUGUACGUGCAUGUCUGGCACAUCCCCGCCUGGCCAAGCCCUUCAUCUUCUUUUCCUGCUAACAACCUCCCAGGAGGAGCUUCAACACUCCCACACGCCUCUUCCUCCUCUCUGCAGUCGUUCCUCCUCCUCAGAGGAGCGAGCCCUCUCAGUCAUUCUCCACAGGCAGGAGGGACAUCCAUCACCCAGACAGGUCCAGCUCUCCCUCCGCCACGCUGUCUUCUCCGCUCCUCUCGCCUCUCCCCUUCGGCGACUCACACCCAGCCUUAUGGACACGAGCCACUCCUCUCCCUCCUUUCCCUCCUUCUGUCACUUUCACACCCUUUCCGCUGCCUAUCGCGUCUGACCAGAGACUCUGCUGCCUGGAAGAGACUGAGUCGAGCAGUGCCUCCCUGUUUGCAACACGCACACACACGCACACACACUUCGCAUUCGUCGUGUGUAACGGACAGAACCUGCAUCCGUCUAGCGAGGCGAUCCCUCGGGGAGGUGCCUAGACUCUUAGGGAUGGCCCGUUACCGGGGGAGGGAGGGGAUAACUGCUUCUGAUUGGUUGGUUGAUUGAUUUUUGGGUACUUUCUUCCCCUUACUUGUGAGUGUCUGCUGGAUCACUAUGCAGAAUCAGACUCUCUGGGAGCUACUCACACACCAACUCCACGCAUCCUUUGCACACAGCAGUGAGCCUACAUGCAAGACACACACACACCUACACACACACACACACACACACACACACACACACACACAGAGCCAUGCCACACCUUGUGUAACAUGCGUACAGGCAGUAAUUUGCCAAACGUCUCUGCGGCGCACAGCCAGACUGGCGAACUGGACCGCUGGUGGAGGAAUGGACCCCGGGAGGGAAGAGUUGCGAGUUGAAACAGAUUCUGUGAUUGAACUCUUCAUUCUCUAUAGCUUUUGUACAAUAAUGGUUUAAAAAGGAAAAAAGACAGAUCAACCUGGGAAAAUUAAAUUUUUAUUUUAUAAAGUCAAUCAAGCCGCUGGAGUCAGCUCUACCGGGUAAUAUAGAGUCAACAUGGCUUUAAGGCAUCUGAGCGUUGAUUUGCCAAAACUCAUUUUUUGUAAAUAAUGAGAACGACGACCAUUCUGUCCGCUGGACGUCUGUGCCAUAAAAUGGGAAGGCUUCGGUUAUGCAAAAGUCGUGAUGUUAAUCCAAGCAAUACCAACACACAGUGCCUUGCAGAGGUAUUCAUACACCUGACUUUUGUUUUUUUUUUCUUUUUAACACUUUGUCUCCUUACAACCACAAACUUUAUCGUAUUUUGUUGCGAUUCUAGGAGGCAGACCAACACGAAGUGAUGCACAUUUGUGAAGUGGAAAGAAAAGAUGACAUUAUUUUAAAGUUUCGCCACCAAUUCAGAUCUGAAAGGUUGUGCGUCUGUGUCUUUUCUCUCAUCUACUGGACUCCCCUAGUAUAGAAUCUGGCACUACCGAUUGCUUUCCACAGUUCACGCAUAUGAAAACAAAUUCACGUAAAAGGUGGUUUCUACUGAAUGUGCACUCAGCUUUUACUCUCAUAACCCAAAUGAAGACCGUUUGGCUUUAGAAGUCACCUGAUUAGGGAAUAGAGUCCUGGCAGACUCUGGCAGUGCCUCACAGUAUUCAGUCCCCUUUACUCAUUUGCCUGAAUAAAAGCUAGUCCCUUUAAUUGAACGUAUUUGUGUUCAGCUUCCAAUGCAGUUCAUCCUUGGGAUGUCACGUAAUUAGUAAAAUGGUUUAGGAUAGUUAAUCCACGCUGAGCUCAUUAGGUUUUUACUCGUAAGUACAAAAGCUGAAAACCACAUUUGCCUUUUCUUCCACAUUCAUGCAUUAUUCCGUGUUGACAUUUUGCAAAAUAUAUCCCCCCUUUUCCCCUUCUACUCUGCCCCCCCUCGAUAUAUUUUCAGGUUUGAGGUUGCAAUGUGACAAAAUGUCAAAACAUCCUGUGUUGUGAAUAUUUUUGCAAAGCACUGCAUGUUUUUUGUUGUUGUUUUCUUUUUCUUUCUCUCCCAGUUCGCUUUAUGUUUGCAGCUUCAGCUCCGCGCUGCGUCGUUUUUUUUUUUGUUGUUGUUUUUUUUCCAUGCAGCUUUUUAAACGAGAGUCACUCGAUGAUUCCCAGCUCUUAAGUCGCGCGCCACCGACCCGCUUUGUCCUCUGAGGUCCCGUCACUGCAGAUUACGUUUAUGAACAAAGCAUAUUGGCUUCUACAGUUUGUGUUUGCGCUCAACACCCUCCCCGACGAGGCACAGCCCUGCGCUUUUUCCAACCUCAAAAUAUUCGUUACUGUGUUGCAGGCAGCACCGACUGACUGCAGCCAUGUCUGCGAGCCUCCAUCGUUCAUUGCCCCCUUUUCAGGUGCCGAAUUCCCACUGUAUCGCCCCCUCCGUCCUCCCGCUACAGCUUCGUUAACUGUGAUGCCAAUAUAUCCCUAUUUUAUGGCCAGUGUCCCCACGCCACUCGAAAGCUCUUUUGGACUUGGGAUAACAAAAUCCCAAACUCUGACACUACUAGACAAACUCUGACACUACUAGAAGGUGAGGAAAGACGCUGAAUAAUAAAGACAAAGGGAACCGUUGCUGUUUGAGUACAUAACAUUUCUAGACCUAUUUUAACUUUACCUCAGCUAACACUUUCUUAAUGUAAAUUGAAGCAUUAUUUUUAUCUUUAUUGAAUAUGACAUUCUACAGUGGGUUUUUAGAUGAAUUUUUUUGUUCUUUUUUUUUUUUUUGGGGUUCUAUCUUGAUUUCCGUAUUCCACCAUGUAAUUAUUACCUGUUACAAAUAAACACUCCCCAAAUGAUUCAUCUUUUUAUUGCCUCUGACUUUCGGUGUGUUUGAGUAAGAGAGUGUGAGCCUAAUGGGGUGUAGCUGCCAGGGGUGACCCCGCUCCCCUCAGCGUGUCUUUAGUUACUAUUAAGCGAGUGCCACAGCAUUCAAGUUGUAAUUUAACACUGUUUUAAUGACCUGUCACAAUCUGCUGCACAGGCGACCCCUGAUCCAAGCUGUC